GUGGGAUGCGGUGAGAGUUGUGCUCAAAAUGGCGGCGCCCGAUGAAAACACGCUUCCCCGGGAAGAUGAAGAAGUUGAAGAGAUGGAGGCGAGUGACAGCGAUGAGGAUGGGAUGGAGGAAGAAGGACAGGGGGAAGAAGGCGCGGAGACUAAGGUGUUUGUGCCUGGAGUUGAGCAGCUGCAGCCGGGAGAGGAGCUGGAGAUGGACCGCUCGGCUUACCGCGUGUAUCACGAGUGCCAGACAGGUGCUCCUUGUCUGAGUUUUGAUGUAUUACGUGAUGCUGAAGGAGAAGGAAGAGAGACGUUCCCCCUGUCCAUGCUGCUGUGUUCGGGUACUCAAGCAGACACUGCUCUCAGUAACAGACUCAUCGUCAUGCGCAUGCACAACCUGUACGGCACUGAAAAGGAAAAUGAGGAGGAGGAGAGCAGUGAUGAGAGUGAUGAAGAUGAGGAUGAUGUUGAAAAGAAGCCACAGAUGGAGUUGGCUAUGAUGCCCCAUUAUGGAGGAAUUAACAGAGUCAGAGUGACCCAGAACGGCGAGCAGUCAUUGGCUGCUGUUUGGUGCGAGAAAGGUCAGGUGGAAAUUUUUGAUCUCCGGUCACAGCUGGAAGCAGUUCACAGCUCUACUGCCAUGGCAGCAUUCAUUAAACAGAAUAAGGAGGCAACACCUAUGUUCAGUUUCUCCGGUCACAUGACUGAAGGCUUUGCCAUCGACUGGUCUCCAAAAGUACCAGGACGGCUUGUGAGUGGAGACUGCAAGAAGAACAUUCACGUGUGGGAGCCACGAGAGGGUGGAACUUCCUGGCAGAUUGACCAGCGGCCUUUUAGCUCCCAUACCAAGUCUGUGGAGGACCUCCAGUGGUCACCUAAUGAAGCAACAGUUUUCGCCUCAUGCUCAGUGGAUCAAUCUAUUCGCAUUUGGGAUAUCAGAGCUCCUCCGAAAUCUAUGCUUUCGGCCAAUGAGGCUCACUCGUCAGACGUCAACGUCAUCAGCUGGAAUCGGACUGAACCGUUCCUCUUAUCUGGAGGGGAUGACGGGCUUCUGAAGGUGUGGGACUUAAGGCAGUUCCAGUCUGGGCAUGCGGUGGCCAGCUUUAAGCAGCACAGUGCACCCAUCACGUCAGUGGAAUGGAACCCAGUCGACUCCAGUGUGUUCGCCGCCGCCGGAGCAGACGACGUCAUCAGCCAAUGGGAUCUGUCAGUGGAGUCAAGUGACGUGGGCGAGCAGGCUGACAGCUUAAAGAAGCUCCCGCCACAAUUGCUGUUCUUGCAUCAGGGCCAGACAGAGGUUAAGGAGCUCCACUGGCACCCUCAGAUCCAGGGAACGCUCGUCUCUACUGCGCUGUCAGGGUUUAACGUGUUCAGGACUAUUUCAGUGUAAAAGGGGAAAGAAGUGCAUUUGCUUUUGUGCCUUAUGACGAUAGUGGAAAUGUGUUAACGAUCAACAUCAUGGCAGCGAUAAAAGGUUUUCUGCUUGACCGAUCACUAAACAAGUUUCUAGAUCUUCUAGACCAUGUUUAAAAUAUAGGCAAUAAAAGGUUCAUUUAAAUCAACACAGAAACUAGCAUGCAGCUUGUACUGUAAGUGACAGGCAGCCAGUGCAAACACAGCUGUGUGUCCUAGAUUUAAAGUUGAUACACUGCUCAUCAGCAUGAUAUUACCCUUUUUAUUCUAUGAGUAAAUGCUAUUCUUUUAAGACAUAUUUCGUCCAUAUGUUUCUGACGUGUUCCAUGUGUUUCCUUAUAAUCAGUUCCUUACUAGUGCAUGUUUGAAUGCAGAUCAUUUCAAAGCCAUCCGUUGCAGAGAGUCCAAAAGGUCAAAUUUCCUGUCUGCUGUCAGUCUGAGUGACAGUAACCAAUUGUAGAGGUCACUGUGAGGUCAUGUAUGUGAAAGAGGGCUUUCCUCCAAGUGUCACCUUCUACUGUAGUGUGAGUAGCAGUUAAAAAUGAUGUAGCCAGCUUUAUUUCGCCCUGCUAGUUUUGACCCUCCAUAUUUGACAGGCAUUGCAUUACAGUAGAGAGCCAGCCAGCAGAUGGUAAUUGGCAGAUUAACAAAUUUAGGUAAGAAGCUAUUUAAAAAAAAAUACUACUACUACUUGUUCCACGUGUUUAGUUGUAACUGAUGCUGUUGAACAAACGGCAGAAGUGCAACAUUAUCCCUCAUCUCACCUUGACUGAAGUGAAAUGUCUUUUCUGUCUUAAUAUUCUCACAAGGCCUCAUCUUCAUCGACAAAAAUAAAGAAAACCU